AUGUCUUCUCAACCUCUCAAUAACCGUGCUCAACCGUACUCUUUAACGACCCCAAGGGGCGUCAGAAACCCCAUCGGCGCGACCUCUGCCAACCGAGCACUCGCUCGCAGCGUUCGAGGUUCCGGGUCAGCCUCCGCCACCAAUGACGAUACCAACGAGCCUGAUACUAAUGUGAUUGACGGAAAUCAGAUCAUGGCGGCGAUCACCAGCUUGAAUGCCACGAUGGUCAAGGAGUUUUUGGUCCUCUCCGACAACCUCCAACAAGACACUGUCAAGUCCGAUGAAGACAUAGCUACUUUGUCUCACAAGUUGGACGAAGAUCUCAAUGCGGUAGCUGAACAAAUUGAGGCUCAGCUGUUGACUUUGUCUAACAAAUUGGACCAAGUCAUUGAGACUGUGGAAGGGCAACCUCAAGCUCCUGGCGCGGCCGCGGCGGCGCCUGUCGCUCAACCGGCUGCCAUCCAACCCUGGGACUUCACACCAGCCCUUAAAGACAGGGUGUAUGGUUUUGCAUACGAUUCGGUGGCCCAACCAAACAUCGCCGCUUAUACCGCUCGUGAAACUCCAGCUGGUGACAUUAUGGCAAACUCAUUAUAUAACAUCAUCAAGCAACGAAUUAGAAAUAUCCCCGGCGAUUGGGCUACUGGUCAACUGCCUCCGGUUGUCAAUGGUGUCCAGAGCGUUGCCGGGACUCAAAAGUACAACACUUUGGUGAAAACUGCCGGGAAACACGCACAAGAGCGUCUCCAUAUCUUGGUUUUACAUAACAUCAAGAACAAUCCUGAGUCAACCGUUCCCUGCCUCAAACGCCUCCUCCAUCAUUGCGGUGAGGUCAAGGUCGCGGGGGACUUCAUGGCCUAUUGGCCGACUACCUCUGUGGCUCACCGCAUCCGAAUUGCCUACAUUCGACGUGAGGCCAUUCGCAUUUUCCAAUUGCUUCGAAAUGGGGGUGGCGGAGGGAAUAUUUGGAGCCGAGUUGAUAGGCAGCUCCAUAAAUUGAGUGUGCAGGGUACCUUAUAUACUUCCGCGUUUUACAAGCUUAUUUAUGAAACCGAUCGCGCAACCUUUGAUGGCGAGGGUUUUUUUGUUGAUGUUGACCCAAAGGUCACCUUCGAUUUACCUUCGGAAGAGGAGAUCCAAGAGGAAAUGGAACGCUUGGAAACAGCAGGGGGAUCUAUGGUUCUAACUGACUAA